UCAAAGUCAGCUCUGGCUAGACUGAGCAGCUGGCAGCAGGAACCAUGGGCAUAGCUGUGGUGUUGCUGGUGGCCUUCGUUGCCAUUUUGAUCGCAUUAUCUUUCUUGCUGGUGAUGGGCAUCAUUUAUUUUGAAUUUUCCAAUUCAAACCUCCCACCUGGAGUUGCAGAUCCUGCGAAGCUUAGGAUUAUUCACUGCAUCACAAUUGGCAUUGCCGUCGUGGGGAAGAUCCUGCAGAACAUGUGCAUAUGCAGUCAGCUUCAAUUCACACGUUUGGUCAGAGAUAAACUUAUGGCCAGAAAGUUAGGAGAAGACCCAAAACUCUUUAUUAAAAACCUGAAGUUUGAAGGAGUGCCGGUGAGAGUUUACCAGCCUAGAUCGCCAUCUUCUGGUGGAAGAAAAGGAGUCAUGUUCUUUCAUGGUGGAGGGUGGAUGUUUGGCAGUAUUGAUUCCUAUGAUGCCUUAUGCCGCUUCAUCUCAAAAGGAACAGAAUCAGUUGUUGUCUCAGUUGGGUACCGCCUGACACCGGAACACAGGUACCCUGCAGCAUUCGAUGACUGUCUGAAUACCACAAUCCAUUUCCUGAAGGUGGCUAAGGAAUACGGUGUAGACCCUUCCUCCGUGAUGAUCAGUGGAGACAGCGCUGGGGGUAAUCUCACAGCUGCAGUUUGUCAGGCCCUUGUGGACAGGACAGAUCUUCCUCAGCCUGUUGCCCAGGUGCUGAUAUACCCAGCCGUCCAAGCUGUUGAUUUCCACCUACCGUCAUAUACACAGAACAGCGCCGUACCCAUUCUGUACAGAGAACGAGCUGUGUUUUACAUGAUGAACUAUCUUGAAGGCAACCUGCAAAUGAUGGAAGAGGUUCUAGAUGGAGACCAUGUUCCUGUUGACUUGAAGAUGAAGUUUAGGAAGUGGUUGGGUCCUGAUAAUAUUCCUGAUGAGUUCAAAGUCAGGGGUUAUAAACCUCACGUGAUGGCCUCACAUACUGAUGACGUCUACGAAACCCACAAGCAAGUAUUUGAGACUCAUUUCUCUCCAUUACUAGCAGAAGACUCUGUCUUCCGUCUUCUCCCUAAAGCAUACAUACUAACAUGCGAGUUUGAUGUCUUACGUGAUGAUGGAAUACUUUAUAAGAAACGCCUGGAAGACAAUGGAGUCCCAGUCACAUGGUUUCAUCUUAAAGAUGGCUUUCAUGGAAUAAUUAGCUUUUUUGACAAUGGAAAACUCUCGUUUAAGUCUGGAAAGUUGGCUGUUGAUAAUAUAGUAAAGUUCAUUAAUGAGGUUUGAAAUUGGGUUGCAUUCCCAUCUACCAUUGAACACAUGUCUGGUUCACUUACCCCUUGACUUCAAUGCAUCCACUUCUCAAUGACUUUCAACACAAGCCAAAACCUAUGAAGUCUUCAUACAGCCAUAUUGCAAACUGUGUAAUAUGGUUCGCUGAAAAUAAAUGGUUAAUUAUU